CAACGGCGGCCGCGAAUGGAGAACGGCCGGCGAGGCGCCACGUGUCUCCAACCGCUGCCUCACUCGCUCUACUCCCUCGCCGUCCUCACACUGCUCUGCUCGUCGUCUCCCAACAGCCUCCACCGGCGCCGUCUCCGCUUCUCCGACCCCGAGAUGGCGGCCUCGGCACUAGCGUCCCGCGCGCUGCAGCCCCCGCACGGCCACCAUCCGGCCGCGCCUCCGCCGCGUGCGCGCUCGUCAAUCGCCGCCACUCGCCGUCGCCGACGCGUGGCCGCCGCAUCCGCACGCUGCCGAGCAGUGGCUGCCGACGAGCGCCCCGCCGACCCCGCCUUCCCCGAGGGCCAGAACGGCGGGUUUUCCGGGGCGGUGGAGAGGCCGGAGGCGGACGUCGUCGUGAUCGGCAGCGGUCUCGGCGGGCUGUGCUGCGCGGGGCUCCUGGCGAGGUACGGCCAAGAUGUGCUGGUGCUUGAGAGCCAUGACCGCCCGGGAGGCGCCGCGCACUCGUUCGAUAUCAAGGGGUUCAACUUCGACUCGGGGCCAUCCUUGUUCUCCGGGUUCCAGUCCAGAGGCCCCCAGGCAAAUCCACUUGCUCAGGUCCUUGAUGCCUUAGGUGAAUCGGUACCUUGUGCGUCAUAUGACUCUUGGAUGGUUUAUGUACCUGAAGGACAAUUCCUCUCUCGGAUUGGUCCAACUGAAUUCUACAAGGACCUUGAAACAUUUGUCGGUGUUGACGCUGUCCAGGAGUGGAAAAGGCUUCUUGAUGCAGUUAUUCCUAUGUCUGCAGCUGCAAUGGCUUUGCCUCCACUUUCAAUUCGAGGUGAUUUAGGUAUUCUAUCUACAGCUGCUGGCAGAUAUGCUCCUUCUCUAUUGAAAUCAUUCAUACAAAUGGGACCCCAAGGAGCUCUGGGCGCUACUAAACUUCUACGGCCGUUCCAAGAGAUUGUUGAUUCGCUGGGGCUGAAAAAUCCCUUUAUUCGUAAUUGGAUCGACCUCCUGUGUUUUCUACUUGCUGGAGUCAAAUCUGAUGGUGCUCUUUCUGCAGAAAUGGUUUAUAUGUUUGCAGAAUGGUAUAAACCAGGAUGCAUGCUUGAGUAUCCUCUGGGUGGAACUGGAGCAAUAAUAGAUGCCCUUGUGAGUGGUAUUAAAAAAUUUGGUGGCAGAAUAGCUCUUCGUUCUCAUGUUGAAAAGAUCUUAAUCGAGAAUGGCCGAGCGGUUGGUGUCAAGCUACAAAGUGGACAAGUCAUACGUGCAAAGAAAGCAGUUGUUAGCAAUGCGUCUAUGUGGGAUACUUUGGAUCUGCUGCCACCAGAUGUUGUCCCAAAAUCAUACGAAGAUAAAGUGAAAGCAACUCCACAAUGUGAUUCGUUUAUGCAUCUACACUUGGGUUUCGAUGUAGAGAAUGCUAGAGAGGACCUUGGUAUCCAUCACAUUGUAGUUGAUGAUUGGAACAAAGGAGUUGAUGGUGAACAAAACGUUGUGUUGAUAUCUGUUCCUAGUGUUCAUAGUAAGGACCUGGCGCCUGCAGGAAAACAUGUUCUUCAUGCAUAUACACCAGGGACAGAACCUUUCAGUUUGUGGGAGGGACUGGACCGGAAAAGUGCAGAUUAUCGAAGAUUGAAGGAAGAACGUUCUGAGGUGAUGUGGAAAGCAGUGGAGCUUGCUCUUGGCCCAAAAUUUAGCCGAGAAAAAUGUGACGUCAAGUUGGUCGGGACACCAUUGACGCAUAAGAGAUUUCUCAGAAGGAAUAGGGGAACCUACGGUCCAGCCAUAAAAGCCGGGGAAGGCGCUUUCCCUGGGCAAGCAACACCAAUCCCCCAGCUCUUCUGUUGUGGUGACUCGACUUUCCCAGGAAUCGGAGUGCCGGCAGUCGCGGCCAGCGGCGCAAUCGUCGCGAACACUCUGGUCUCGGUGUCGCAACAUUCAGAGCUGCUUGACGCUGUUGGAAUUUGAGUGGCAGGCAUGUCCUGGAAGGCAGAUCGUUAGAUAUGGGUGCUGGGUACAGGGUACAUACAUACACAGAAAGGUAACCUAGAUUUUGCAACGGCUGUUGAAAAGAGCAUCUGGAUGAUGAACAAGAUUGUUACAACGUGAACGUAGUUACUUUGUAACUUAAUUGUAGUAAUUUGCAAAAGAACCAUGGUUCAUUAUGUGCAGAAAAGUGUUUACUAGUCAGAACUGAGACUGAAAAAAACAGGGCAUGACAUUGUUUGUACAGUGCCGAUUCAGAUGAGCUUGUAUUGCCCCCACAUUGGCUGUGUUUAGAUCCGUAAAAUAGUGGUAAAAAAAGUCAUAUCGGAUACUGUAGCAUUUUCGUUUGUUUGUGAUAAUUAUUGUCCUAUCAUGACCUAACUAGGCUUAAAAGAUU